AUGCACAUGAAAACUGUGCUCAUCCUCCUCCUUCUGGCUUUAGCCACGAUAUUUGCUUUAGUCUGUGUGUUGCUGACCAGAGGAAGGGCCCCCAGCACCUGCCAGCACCAGCCCCCGGAGCAGGAGGACACCGAUGACGGCCAGAGCCUGGUCUUUGCUGAUCUGACACCCGAAGAGAUGGUGCAAGUGGUGCGGUACCUGCAGGGAAACCUUGGGGUGCAGCUGGUUGACGCCUCGCGUGCAAAGCCCUCCGACAACUGCAUCGCCUCCGUCGACGUGCAGGUCCCCGCCAAGGCAGAUGUGCUGCGGUUCCUGGAUGGUGGGGGGGCUCGCCCCUCCCGGGAGGCGCUGGCUGUGCUGUACUUUGGGAACCAGCCAGACCCCAACGUCACGGAGUACGUGGUGGGUCCGCUGCCGACGCCGGCGUAUCACCGGGAUGUCACGGUGCAGAAGUACGGGGGGAAGGUGCCGUACCACCGCAGACCGACGCUGGCUGUUGAAUACCAACAGAUUGCAGGGUUUUUAAAAAGCCAAGUGUUCCCCACAGCACCAUUUUUCAUGCAUCAAGUAAUGGAGUACGACGGAGCCAGUCUAGCAGCCCUGACAGCUGCUCCCCGUGGAUUCCAGUCUGGAGAUCGGAUCACCUGGUUCAUUUUGUUUCAGAACGUGAGUGGGUUCUUUGUGCACCCGGUGGGGCUGGAGGUGCUGGUGGACCACAGUGGCCCCCGCUACAGCGUCAGGAACAACCACGUCCUCUUCCAGGCCUGGAGCUUUGCCUUUGGGAUGAGCGUGAACACAGGCCUGCGCCUGUUUGACAUCAGACACAAGGGGGAGAGGGUUGCCUAUGAAAUCAGCAUCCAAGAGGCGUUGUCAGUCUACGGCUCCAACUGCCCUGGAGGGAUGUCAACGAGAUACAUGGAUGGGAGCUUUGGCAUCGGGCGCUACACCUCCCCCUUGGUGCGAGGGGUCGACUGCCCCUAUUUAGCCACCUACCUGGAUGUGCACUACCUUGCUCAUUCCCAGGUCUCUAGAAUUAGUAAAAAUGCCCUCUGCAUGUUUGAGCAGAACCUGGGCUCCCCUCUGAGGCGCCACUACUCCAACUUGCAGGCGCUUUACAACGGGGGGCUGGUCAACUCUGCUCUGGUCGUUCGGUCCAUUACGACCGUGGGCAACUACGACUACGUGUGGGACUUCAUCUUCUACCAGAACGGGGCCAUCGAAGGCAAGGUCCAGGCCACGGGGUACGCGAGCUCAUCCUUUCUCCAUGGGGAUGGUCUGAGAUACGGCAAUAGGGUUUGGGAGCACACGCUGGGUACAAUACACACCCAUUCCAUCAACUAUAAAGUGGACUUGGAUGUGGGAG